UCUAGGAGUACGCGCUGAACCCGAUCUCGCAUAAUUUCUGUCCGUGGCUUUUGUGUUCCGAGUUUUAUCGUUUUCUUCUAUUUUAUCGACUGAACAUUACGCAUUUACACAUAAUCAUGAAAGAGAGAAGAAACACGCAGCCGAUGGUGGUGAGAUGUAAACUGGUGCUUGUUGGAGAUGUCCAAUGCGGAAAAACGGCAAUGUUACAAGUGCUGGCGAAGGACUGCUAUCCAGAGACAUAUGUACCCACUGUAUUUGAGAACUACACCGCUUGCCUGGAGCUCGAGGACCAGAGAGUAGAGUUGAGCUUGUGGGAUACAUCAGGCUCCCCUUACUACGACAACGUGCGGCCCCUCUGCUACAGCGACUCGGACGCCGUGCUCCUGUGUUUUGAUAUCAGCCGCCCGGACAUCGUGGACAGCGGCCUGAAGAAGUGGAGGACAGAGAUCAUGGACUUCUGCCCCAACACACGGAUCCUGCUCAUUGGCUGUAAGACGGACUUGCGCACAGACGUGUGCACCCUCAUGGAGCUGUCCAAUCAGAAGCAGACGCCCAUUACCUACGAGCAGGGCGCCGCCUUCGCUAAGCAGCUGGGCGCGGAGGCCUACCUGGAGUGCUCGGCCUUCACCUCGGAGAAGAGCAUCCACAGCGUGUUCCGCACGGCGGCGCUGGCCUGCCUCAACAAGCUGCAGCCGCUGCCCAAGCCCAGCCCCACCCGACGCCUGUCCAAGCGCCUGCUGCACCUGCCCAGCAGGUCCGAGCUGCUCACCUCCACCUUCAAGAAGGAGAAGGCCAAGAGCUGCUCCGUCAUGUGAGUGGGGCGGCGGCGGCAGCGGCGGCGGAGACCCAAGACAGAAAAAAAACAACAACAACAACAGAGUCAGAAAAUAAAUGUCAACCCCCCCCAACGCCCAGCGGUGGCCUCCCCUUCACUGUUUGAUUUGGGGAAGGGGGGGUGGGUGGUUUAUGAUGGCCGCAUCAUACACCAUGUGAAGGGUUCUGUGUUGACUCUUUUUUUCCACCCCCCCAAGGGGAAAAAAAUGUGUAAAGAAAAACAAAGAGUCCUUCAGGACACGUGGACCACUCUGUUGUCCGCGUCGUCCUGAAUCUUUUCAGUGCAUAUCUGCUGUAUUUUGUUUUGUUCUUACUCUCUUUCUCUCUCUCUGUUUCUCUCUCUCUCUCUCACUCUCUGUCUCUCUCUCUCUCUCUCUCUCUUUCUCUCAACACUGUAUCCUCGCUUCUUGGAAAAUCAGAGAUCAUCAGCUCUCAUGUUCUCGCUCACUGUACUUCAAAACUAUUGCUAUGUGCAGCUGUAAAAAAACAAAAAGAAAAAAAGUGGUGUACAAAGUGGUAGUCGUGUCAGGUUCAUAAUCAUUCGACUGCAUUGGAGAGGGGGGAAAAGAAAGAAAGAAAGAAACGGAAAAGAAAUGGACUCUCUUCAGGUGAACUCGGUCAGAGGGAGCAGUGGGGAAGCCAUUUUAAAAGACAUUGUUUGCACAGAUAGUAUGUACGCGCGGUGGGGUACAGAGGAGAGGGAGCAGCCUGGUCUGAGUCUCUCCAGCGGGGGGGCUCUAGUGGAGCUGUGGGCUUGACCCCUCGCUCACAGUGGGCUAGCCUGACAGGAGAGAGGGAGGAAGCAUCUGAAGCAAGACUGAAUAGCAGGCUCAGGCCAGCCUGCGAGUAUGUGUGUUGAUGUUCUCUUUCUGCUGACUGCUGGCUUCUACUUGCCCCAGACUCCAGCUAAGAGCAGGAGGAUACAAGCCCUUCUCUCCUCCCAGCACCGCCUUUGUUGUCAGAAACAACCCCCCCCCCCCCCCCCGCCAAAAAAAAGCAAAACACUGAAGGGAACAAAAAAAAGGAGGAUUACGCGUGGGCAAUUCUAGAGGCUACCAAAGUUUAAACCAUCACCACCUCCCCAGUCCCCUUUCCACUCGUUAAAUAUUGCCUGAUCUGCACGCUUCUAUUUUUAAAGAGGCAAUAACAUCCGACGGGGGAAGAGGGCAGAGCUGCUCCUUGGGUGGGGAGUGGAGUGGAGAUGGCAUUAACAUGAUGAUUGGUAUCGCCUGGCCUGCAGCUGCUCUGAGACUGCAGGAAUAAUAGGGCUGAAAGGGAGAUCCCAGAUCAGCCAAGGCUAUCAUCCACCAGAGGGGAGUUGGGAAAAAAGGGGGGGGGGGGGCCUGCUGAGCUUAGAGGAUGAGAAAGUCUAACAUGCUGAGCACAUCAGAUUUAUCAGGGUUUUAUUUUUCGCUCUCUCUCUCUCGUCAUAUCUCCAUCUCCAGAGGACGAUCUUCCGGGAAAACAGUUGUAGCAACAUGUAGUUGAUGCCAAUGCAAAUCGACAAGGCAAAAAAAAAAAGAGAACGAAUUUAGAAAAAAAAUAUGCAGUUUUUACAUGUAGUGGUUUCAUUUUGUCAGGCUGGAUUGUCUUUACUGAGAGGGCCAUAGCUGGCUUAAUCUGUAGGGACAGGUUGCGUUGUUUUUGUAUUAUUCUUUUUUACAAAUGUUUUCACUUGGCAGUUUCAACUCUCUGAUGUAGCACUCCAUCACAUUUGUUUUUUGCUUAUCCACAACUGCAGUAACUUUGCUUUCAUGCCCAUUUGUACAGUAUACUUGCAUUUACUUCAGAAUGCAUACCCGACACUUAUGGUGGCUACAGUGAAUAGUUGACAGUCCAGUGUGUAACUAAAACUUGACUCUUUCAGACUCUUAAAACUCUCAAGCUUCAUAGUAAUGUGCGCUUAACAUUAUUCCUGGAAGAAGAAAAAAAAACCUACACAAAUCUGCUUUUAACCACAAAGCAAUAAUGACUUGAGUGCUCGUUAUGUGACGUAUAUUAGGCAGUGGCAAUAAAAACUUCUGCUUUGUGAUUUAAUGUCAUGCUAACUGCUUUGUGGACGUUUGUAUAGCAACGCCUAGCCUAUAUUCCUGCUUUAAAAAAAAAAAAAAAGAAAACUAGUGACCAUAAUGUGAUUGCACCCUGUUGACCCCUCACAGUAGCCAAAGAAGAGGUCGGCUCAACGGUGCCAGAUUUGUGAAACAAUGCUAAGUAUCGAGGGAGGAUUUUGUUAGCAAGCCUGAAGUAAAGCUGAACAAAACAGAAGUAUUGGGAUAUUUCAUUUUCGUCAACAGAAUCCAUUUAUACUCUGUUACACCUCCAAGCAUGAGGAAAGCCAACCAUAGGAAAUGGGAGGGUAGAAGUCAGCAAGUGUAGUAAGAUUUUGAAUCUUUUAGUGUUAAGGAGGGGAAGGAGACCAAUGUAAAGAACAAUCCACAAUGUGAGAAGGGCUCGGGGGUUUCAGGGGCUCGAGGGACUUUCAUGGGAUCAAAUGACUAAAAAAGAUAACUAACAGGCUGGCCCUGUGUAAAGAAAGCUAUUUUUCCAUUCAAAACAUUGUCUUUGUUUACUGCUUUUCCUUUUUCAUGGUCAAUAUUUAUAUGUUUUUAUUUUUUGUCUCUGAGGUUGUGGUACAUCUGGAGCUGAGGACAGUUUUGGCAGUGUGCGACGUCAGGUGGUGAUUUGCAAGGCUCAGUUCUUUGGUCACACCAGAAAUUCCUCCACAUUGCCUAGCAACAGUUGUAGUGAGAGGUGCCUGAGAUUGGCUCCCUGGUUUUUGGAGGGAAGGGGGGGGGGGGGGGGGGGUUAGAAAAGGAUGAGACUCUAGCCUUCAGUGCUCCAGAUGUAUCACUCUUUCUUUGCUUCUGGUAGAAGUGAAAAGAAUUGCAACUGUCCAGUUUAUUUGAUUUAAUUUUUCAUCGAAACAAUCUGUCUCUCUUUGUUAAGAGGUUAUUAACUAGAGCAGUAACCUUGGCUCACGCGUGAAAAGAAAGCUGUUUCUUGAACCUUUUGGCCAACGUGCUGUCAUUGUGUAGUACUGGGGUACAGCUAAGCAUUCAAGCAUGUCCUCUUAAUGGUUAUACCCGUUGUACAUAUCUUGUUUUAUAUAAUCUUUGUAAGACAUCCUGAUGAAAAGAUUGUCAGAUUAAAACUGAUUGUUCAGUGACUGACACCAUACAAAUGUGAGUGAUGUAAAACUGUAGAGCCCUAUAUUUAUUUCGAUAUGGUGUUACGUGUGGCUCUUUGGUUUUGGUUUGUUUUGAUUUGUAUGUUUAAAGAUGUUUCUGUUUUUUGCCUUCCUUUUACAUUUCUCGCGAUAAUAAAGUUUGCCUUGUGUGGCAUCAUCAUAAUGAUA